AUGAACGAAUUCUCGAAAUACGAGACAGCGCUCGCUUCUCUCCGUUGCUAUGCCCGGAUGCAUAAUUACGAGUUCCGAAUAGCUGUUUCUGCGCAUUUUCUCCAAUGUUUCACGAGAGAUUUCAUGUUCGCUAGACAUUGCAUAGUGGCCGAGCAUCUUUAUAUAGCCGAUUACACGCUGUUUCUCGAUGCCGACAUGGCCGUUGUCUCUCCAAAAAGAAAAAUAGAGGAAUGGAUCGAUCCCCGUUUCGACUUAACUCUCUAUGAGCGCUUUAUCAAUUUUGAGAUUGCCGCCGGGAGUUAUAUUGCGAAAAAUACGAAAUGGACAUUUGAUUUCUUGAAAAAAUUUGCAAAAUAUGGAGAUGAAUUGGAGGAGAAAGUUGUUGGAUCGGAUAAUGCUGCUUUACACAUGUUUCUUGCUGAUGAAUUGUAUCCAGAAAUGAGAGACGAGUUUGAACCGUGUCGAAAAGCGCAACAAAAAGUGAAAUGGGGCAUCGAUUUGUACGUCUACGAGGUGUGCGUCAGGAUGACGAUUGGCAAUCAGUUGUACAUGAAAAAUGUGCGCAUGUUGAGGAAAGGAACAGGCUGGGUGAGAGAUGUUUGGUUGGCGGAUUCCCGUUGGAGUCCUGAUCGAGAUUUUAUUUUACACGGACUACAAGAGGCACGUGUCGAGAAUUUCACUGGGCAAUUUGUGGAAAGAGCUAAAUUACCAUGGAUGCGCAAAGCUUUCUACUACAAACUCUUCAACAAGAUCCCCGAUAUUCACAAAUGCUAUGAUCCGGACUAUGAUUUCGAUCUUGACGAGAGAUUCAUCAAAUCAAAAGCUGAAGUCGACGAGAUUCUUCGAGAAAUCAAAGCUGAUGUUGAUGAGUCAAAGUGGAAUUUCGCGGGGAUGUUGCCGAAUUUUAUCGAUUUU